AUGUAAAGAAAAAUAGAAUGCUAUAAUAAAGGACUUUUUACUUCAAUGGCUCAAUUUGAACCUAAACAAAGAUCUAAUGGUAAGACUAGUUUAGGAACUGGAUCUUUUGGAACAGUUAAUUUGGUGUAACAUCUUAAAUCAUCAUCCCUUUAUGCUAUAAAAUCAAUUUAACAAAGCAAUAUCUAAACUCCCUAUGAGUAGGAAGGAGUGGAAAGAGAAAUAAAAGUCCAUUUAAAGUGUCAUCAUCCUAAUAUAAUAAAUUUGUAUGAUAGCUUCAUCGAGCAUGGAAACGUAUAUAUGGUAUUAGAGUAUGCUGAAAAUGGAAACCUUUAUAAUUAUGUGCAAAGGAAGAAGAGAUUAGAUGAAAAAGAAGCCUGCAAGUACUUUAUACAAACUUGCAAAGCUUUACAAUAUCUGCAUGAAAUAAAUGUUUUCCAUAGAGAUAUCAAACCUGAAAAUUUGUUAUUGGAUAGUAAUAACGAUAUCAAAUUGUGUGAUUUUGGAUGGUGUGCAGAGAACAUUCAUCUUAAAAGAAAGACCUUCUGUGGAACCUACGAAUACAUGGCCCCAGAAAUUGUCUCUGACUUGCCCUAUGACUAUAAGAUUGAUAUCUGGUCAGUUGGGGUAUUGCUCUAUGAAUUAUUGCAUGGUUAUGCUCCAUUCAAAGGCAAGGAAUACAAAGAAAUUGCUGCUAACAUAAAGAGUGGCUUAAUACGUUAUUCCAGUUCGAUCAAUUCAGAUGCCUAAGAACUUAUUAAGAACAUCUUAUAAAAAGAUCCAUCCUAGAGAUUAUCAUUCAAAGAUAUUUAUCAAUCUCCAUUUGUUCAGAGGUGCUAUCCAUAAUAAGGAUAACUUAAGAUAUCUUUGUCCCCAAGGUCUAGUUUUUCAGUUGAAUAAAACUCUAUCUAAAAAUAUCAAUCUCCUUUGAUAAGUCACAAAUAACAACCAAUUGGUAGAUUGAACUAAACAAAUGGAAAUAAUUUGAAUAAUUCGUCAUCCUUGAGUAUCAAAUCUCCUAAUAUAUCAAAAACAAGAGUGGAUUCUAAGAAAUAAUCAAAUAAUAUAUUCGAUGACAUCAAAAGGAAGAUCAUUUAUGAAUAAACCAGUCCUUUAAGGGAUGCUACUAAUAUGCAUAAACGAAAUUAGGCUAGUUUAACUAAUUUGAUCAAGAAUUCAAAUACAAAAAUUACUUAAAUAAAAAGUCCUCAACCAAAAAAGAUCUAAUUGAGUAAAUACUGUUCAAAAUCAAGAAACCUUGAUGAAAAUGGAACUGUGAAACUACUAGAUUAGUUUAAAUCAAUGCCAUCUUUUACUAUUGAAGAUCAAUAACAUACCUAUGAAGAAGAAAACAGAUUAAAUUUAAAGACCGAUAGAGUUAUUAAAGGAUUCAAAAAAGAAUCACAUUAAUCUUAAGAUUUAGAUAAGAUACUCAAAAUGUAUCUCAGUAUGUGCAGCAGUAGACAAUGA